AUGGCUUUUUAUUACUCUGUUUCUUUCCUUUCUUGCAUUAUUGUUUUAGCAAUUUUGCCUAUGAAUGCCCAAAUUGUGACAUCUCCAUGUACAACAACAAUGCUGACUAGUUUUACUCCUUGUUUGAAUUUCUUGGCUAACGGCAAUGGAACGGCUGCAGCAUCUGUUGCCUGCUGCAAUGCACUAAGAACAAUGAUGGGCAACGGCUCUGCUUGUCUUUGUGUUAUUGCAACUGGUGGCAUUCCCUUUCAGAUUCCUAUUAAUCCUAAUACAACCAUGUCUCUUCCUCGAGCUUGUAACAUGGCUCGCGUUCCCCUCCAAUGCAAAGCCUCCACUCCACCUGCAGCAGCUCCAGGUCCUUCUGGAAUAGAGGCUCCAAGUGCUUCAACAACAUUAGCACCUAGUCCUUCUCCUAGUCCUAAAGGUAUUACUUUUAAUAGUAUCACUAAGAUUGAGAUAAAUAGAGAGCAUAGAAAACAGAGGAACGUACAAGCACUAUUCUUCGGAGAAGGAGAUCGCAAAAAUUUGCCGCUGAUGGAAAGUUCGCCACCGAUGGAAAGUGUAUACUAA